CCAGAAGACAUCAACUUAAUUAAGCAAAAGAGAACGGAAAAAAAAAAUCAAAGAAAACCAUGAUGAAUUUUCAGACACUUGUAAAGAGUUAUGAGAGCAACAAACCAUACAUAGCAAUGCUUCUAGUUCAAGCUAUAUAUGCAGGCAUGGCUUUGUUAUCCAAAGCAUCCAUUUCUUCAGGAAUGAAUCCUUUCAUUUUUGUUGUUUAUCGUCAAGCCUUUGCCACUCUCUCACUUGCCCCAUUCGCUUACUUCUUUGAAAGGAAGGAUGUACCUCACUUAUCCUAUACCUUGAUAUGGAAGAUUUUCUUCAGUUCUUUAAUAGGGUUAACCAUAACUUUGAAUAUGUACUAUCAUGGACUCAAUCAUACAUCUGCAACGUUUGCUGCUGCCUCGACUAACCUGAUUCCAGCUAUUACCUUUGUGAUAGCUCUUAUUCUAAGGAUUGAGAGAAUCUACAUAAAAGAGUUGCAUGGUUCGGCUAAAUUGAUUGGAUCAAUAGUUUCGGUUUGUGGGGCUCUUGUGUUUGCUUUUGUUAAAGGGCCAUCUUUGAACUUCAUGACAUGGUACACUUCUGGAGAAAACAGUGAAGUUGCUUCAACGACAAAUCAGUUCAGUUCAACAGGAGAGUUUAUUAAAGGGCCCCUUACAAUUCUUUUCGCAAACAUUCUUUGGUCUUGUUGGAGCAUUAUGCAGGCACCUAUUAUGAAGGAAUAUCCAGCAAAGCUAUCUCUAAUCACUCUUCAGUGUUUCUUUAGCAUGAUACAAGCAACACUGUGGGCCGGAGUCAUGGAAAGGAACCUAUCAUCAUGGAAGCUUGGGUGGGAUGUUAAUCUCCUUUCAGUGGCCUACUGUGGAGUAAUUGUAACAGCAUUUACAUAUUGGUUGCAACUAUGGUCGAUACAAAAAAGGGGGCCAGUCUUCACUUCUAUGUUCACUCCUUUGGCUCUCAUCAUUACUGCCGUCGUAUCCUCAUUCGUCUGGAAAGAAAUCAUUUACGUGGGAAGUGUUUGUGGAGCGGUGUUACUAGCAGCAGGAUUGUACCUUGUUUUAUGGGGAAAGAGUAGAGAACUCGAUGGUAAAAUUAGUGAACAAAAACCUGAAGAGGAAACCACGUUGGAGUCCAUUAAAACGCAAGAGUGAAAAUGUGUCAAAUCCUAAAGACAAGUCUGGGGGGCCAGAUUGUGUCAUAGGCACGCACGAAAAUGGUGGCCAUCACUCAACACAAUGUACCCCAUCAACAUGGCCCAUAAAAUAUCACACAAGCGCAUGUACUAUAUAUCUAAUAAUGAAUCAGAUCUUUUUUGU